AUGGCAGACCCUCUUUCUAUCGCGGCGAGUAUAGCUGGACUCGUGACAAUCGCCGAUACUAUCUUUACUCGUAUAUAUCGAUACACGAAAGCCGUCAAAGAUGCAGCAAAAGAAAUCCAAGCGCUUGGCUCAGAGAUCACAACGCUCUCUCGGCUCCUUCGAAAUUUGGAGCUUGUUUUGGGCGAGUACGAGGAAGAUACACCUGAUGCCAACUUACGCCUGCAUCACAUAAACUCAUGUCGAGAGACUUUGCUGAAAAUCCGCGACAAGAUCGAUUGGAAAACUACGGUUGACCCUGGCUCAAGCAAGUCGACACUGGAAGCUACGUUGCGGAGAUUGAAGUGGCCGUUCAGUGGAUCUGAAAUGAAAUCACUCCUCUCCGAAGUUGAGACGCACAAGAGCACCAUCAAUGCUGCCUUGGCUGGCGACAAUCUUUCCAUGACCCUGCGAGCCUUAUCACGCCAAGACAAGAUCUCCGAGGAUAUCAAAGGCCUGAAGACGGAGCUGGAGACACGGUGGGCAAUGGAAACGCAUAUCACCAUAACGAGGCAGAGACAAGAGAUACUCCAAUCUUUUGAAGAGCUGGAUCCAAUGUCCCAUCACCGGACGAACUUGAACCUCCACCAUCCACUUACCGGACUGUGGCUAACAGAAGGUAAUACUUUCAAGACAUGGCUCUAUACACGCAACUCGAAGUUGUGGCUUUCAGGUAUCCCUGGUGCCGGGAAGACAGUGCUAGCAGCUUGUGUCGUUGAAGAAGUCAUAAAAGAGAGCAGCAGCACUCGAGCUGCCGCUUACUUUUAUUGUGACUACAAGGAUAUUAAGACGCAAACUCCCAUUAACAUAUUCAGCUCUCUUGCCACCCAAUUAGCAAGACAGAACGAAAUGGCUUUUGCUCACCUCCAGAACCUCUAUGAAAAAUAUCAUCCAAAGGGCAGUACCACUAUCUUACUAGAGCUUUCGGCCCUAGUGAAGACGGUCAGUCAGCAGAGUUCUUGCUUUGAAGAUGUCUCAAUCGUUGUUGAUGGACUAGACGAAUGUGGUAAUCAUACCGCAGAUGUUGUCCAGUCUCUCGCAAGCCUAGCAACCAAUUCUGGUAGCAACAUUCGCGCGCUCUUUCUGAGUCGAGAUGAGUACGAUAUUCGAGAGAUGUUGCAGCAGGAGUUUGGGCACGUAAAAAUAGCCGCUCAUAGAGAGGAUCUAGAGCUUUACGUAGCCGCAGAGAUCGAAUCGAGGCAACGCAAAGUGGGGAGGGAGCAAUUACGGAUUCGGAGCUCAGGACUGAAGGACCAUAUCAUUAAGUCGUUGGUUGAAGGAGCAGAUGGCAUAUAUGUUUGUGUUGAAUUUGCAGCGGCGAUGCUAACUUUGAUCGAUAGGUUUCGUUGGGCAGCAUGCCAACUUGACCUCCUUUCGGGGCUCCCCACCGAUGCUGCAAAGCGCCAGGCACUAAUGUCGUUACCACCAACAUUAUUCAAGACAUACGAGAGAAUUCUUGAACGCAUAAGUGAAAGCAACUCUAGUGUGCAAGAAAUGGUACAAAAUACAUUAAAGUGGAUCCUCCAUUCGGAGGGUACGAUUUCAGCAGCUGCACUCUGCGAAGCAGUAUCGAUCAAGGAAAGCGAUACCACCUUUAAUAAGGAGUCGCUGCAUGUGCAGGAGGAUAUACUGCUUUAUUGCAGUAGCCUUAUCCGCUUAUCAUCUUCUGGCGAACACUUUGAGUUGGCACAUUUUACUGUGAAGGAAUUCCUUGAGAGUUUAUCAGAUUCCUCAGGGCCCCUAUUCGCCCCAUAUUCGCAGGCUGAAAAUCAUAUUUAUCCAUAUUUGGCAAAGACUUGUUUGGCCUACAUCAACUUGGAUGUUUUCCGCGGAGACGUAAUCGAAGACUAUGACACUUGGGAAGACCAACAGAGGCAACACCCCUUCCGCACCCACGCAGUCUCUUAUUGGCAUGAAUAUGCCGAGAAUGCAUGGAAUGACGAAAGUAUACGUGCACAUGCCCGCGAACUUUUCUGCCUUUCCAGAACAUCACUUUUUCUCUCUUGGGCUCGCGACUACAUAUACCUGCCGACGGAAAAUGAAGAAGUCGGUUUCAGACAAGCAACCGAGCUUAUCUGUUUAGGGAGAGUCAAUCCUCUUCAUAUGGCAUCAGCUCUAGGGUGUGUGGAGCUAUGCAAGUUGCUUUUGGACCUCGACUGCUCUAUCAACCAAGUCAGUAGCAUGGGAACCCCCGUUCAUUGCGCACUUAUCGGGGCAUUUCGGUAUUCACUCUCCUUAGAAGACGGAUAUUUGCCAGAUAAUGCCUAUGAUCUUUUGUACGAAAGUAGAGCCGAGGUAUUCGAUCUACUGAUCAAACGUGGAGCUGAUUUCUUUGUUCCAUACAAAGGCAUCCAUGGUAAAGAAUAUUCUUGUUUACAAUUGGCUGUUAAUGUUGGUAUGGAAAAAGGAGUGAAUCACCCAGUGGUCAAGCUUGUUAAGGCUGGUAGCAAACUUGACGACGGUAUUAUGAGUUCUUUGCAAAAGGCGGUGACCCACUACCAUGUUCGCGGCACUGAACUAGCUCGCCAUACAAAGGAAAUGGUCGAAGCGCUUAUCGCAAGUCUAAACGAAAAUUCUCAAGAAGGUCCUGUCGUGUCCGAACUUUUCAAGCUUGCCCUCCAAACGAAAAGCUCUGCUGCAAUAGAGCUGGUCAAAGAUAAAAGUGAGGCAUAUCGUCAUAUGGAUAUCGGGGACUUGGAAGAAAAUUUUUCUCGGGCAAUAACAAAUGACCAGCAGGAAGUAAUACAGGAACUUCUGACUGAUCACAGAUUGAGUCCCGUUGCGGGCUUUGGAAAAUAUAAUGAGACCGCAUUGCACCUGGCUGCCAAAUACGAGUCCACCAACGCGAUAGUGCUUCUCUUAACACUCGGAGCGGAAGUUGAUGCUCGAAACCAACUCGGAUUGACACCUCUGCAUUACGCAGCAGCCAACAAGAGCAGCGAUGAGCACACCAUAUCUUUACUUAUUGGUAAUGGCGCGUCCACGGCUGUUGGGGAUCGGAACGGUAGGACCGUGUGGCAUAUUGCAGCAGAAAAUGAUAACGCAAUUGGAUUAAAAACAUUGUCACGGGUGGCUGAUUCAAAACAAGAAUCGCAUCUUUUACCCGAUGGAAACGGCGUCAUUCCGUUAUUUACUGCGGCAAUCAAGCUCAACAGUAGCGCGUUUGAAACGCUACUCGGCAAAAUGGAAGCUGAUCAGUAUCUUCGAAAUAAAUGCCCCAAUGGUAUUGGACUUGUUCACUAUGCAGUCUCCAUGAACUCCAUCAAGCUUUUGCGGAUGCUUAAUGAUAAAGGGGGCGAGCUUCAUCAAAGGGCAGAUGAUGGAAGAACUGGGCUGCAUUUCGUGCCUGAGAAUGUGGAUGCCACGAUAAUUAGAAUGUUGACCGAUGCUGGUCUCAGUCCAGAUAUGGUUGACUAUGAUGGACGAACCCCACUCCACAGCCUGAUCCAAAACGAGGUGGAAAUCGACGAGAAUGUAUUCGCUAUGCUCGCAACCGACUCGACAAUUGCAAUGUCUACCAAGACUGGACUGACAGCGUUACAGUUUGCCGUCUCUGUUGGCUCCAAAGAACAAGCAGAUUAUAAUUACCGCGAACGUAUCUUCCAAAAGCUCCUUACAAAGGGCAUCGAUGUCCACGUCCGGGAUUCAAAUCACCUUUCAUGUCUCCAAAUGCUCUUCAGUUUCGAGACCCAACGGCCCGAGACCGAUGAAGUGGAGUCAUCAUGGGAUUUUGAAGACUUUGUUUAUUCAGUCGCGACAUCAAUCACUGAUAUAAAUAUACUUAAUGAGACCGUUACGUGGGAUGCCUAUUCAUACAGACUCAUUGGUUGGGCGAUUCUCCGCAAGAAAGAAUCUUUAACAGAGCUUCUCCUCUCGAAGGGGGUUGAUGCGAACCUGAAGAACUUAUAUACCACCAAUUCUGGCCUGGAUGUUAAUUGGACCCCAUCUCAAAUGGCAUGUUUCCAUGGUUGUACCCCGAAGCUGAUGAAAAGUCUUCUGGAGCAUUCUCAGGGAUUGCUUGACAACACCGACGAAGGAUAUUCGCUGGCGCAUUUGGCAUGUAUGAAAGGGUCACAAUCCGCCUGUGCAUUACUGGAAGUGCUUUGUGAAUAUGGCAUUGAUUUCAAUUUACGCUCGAGCCAAGAAUCGCAAACUCCACUUCAUCUCGCGGCAGAAUCCGGCAAGCAUGAUCAUGUUAGGUUCCUCUUGCAACAUGGCAUUGAUUCCCAAGCAAAGGACUCCUACGGGUGGCAGGCAAUCCACUUGGCAGCUGCUGGAGGGUACCAUGGGAUCUUUAAGCAGUUAAUGGAUUUGGAUUUCGACUGGAAUAAAAGCACUAUCAAUUAUUAUACAACGUUUUCUCAUACAUGGCACACUAAAUGCAAUAUUCUACACCAAGCAGCAAUGGGAGACAGUACAUGUAUAAUCCAGACGAUUAUAGCCUGUUCAUCAGUGGACGACAUCAACGUAUUGAAUGGGGAAGGACUUUCGCCACUGAGCAUAGCUGCUGCAUUUGGAGUUGAUGGCACAAUUGAAGCGCUACUUUCUGCUGGCGCUGACAUUGAAGCUGAAGACCCUAGCGGAUGUCGAGCGCUUCAUAUGGCAUCUCGGUGGGGCAAGUUUGAAAACGCACAGAUACUGUUGGCUCAUGGCUGCUCCCUUGUCUGUGAUACAAGGGGGAUGAGCCCCGAACUUUAUGCGUUGAAGUAUGGGCACAAUGAUAUCGUGGAUCUACUAAGGAAUCAUGAGCGAGAAAAAGUUAAGCUCGAUAAUUCUUCGAUUGCCCAACACCAGAAACAGUCGAGUACUAUAGCGACACAGAGCCUAUCUAUUGCUAUUGACUUAGACGAUCUCUUACUUUGUAAAAGGAGCGUGGAAAGCGGCGCGGAUCUGAACAAGCCACACGCGAGCUGCAAAUGCUGCAAGCCAGUCAUCAUUGCCUUGAUAGACCGCAAGUUUGAAAUAGCUUCCUAUCUCAUCGGAAUGGGCGCUUCGACAACGGGACAGGUAUGUGAUACAUCGAAGUACCGUGGUUAUUCCGCAGUUCAUCUGGCUUGUCGAGAUAAAUCUGAGACACAGCUCUUGGUUCUUUUGCUGAAGAACGAUCUUAAGGCAGGUAGCCUAUCGUUCCAAAGCCCAGUUAAUCCUAUCCAUGUUGCAGCCACGUGUAGCAACAUACCUGGACUCAAGAUCUUGCUCCAGCAUGCGCAAAUCAACGAUUUGACCUUCGUGUACGAUCUAAAGAUUGAUCACCUCGCCUUAAAAUGGGCUUGGUACCUUUCUAACUCAACGAGUAUAUCACCAAGGAUAGGCAUUGCGAAUCCCACAGCUAUGCAUAUUGCUGUAAAAGAACGCAGUAUAGAUUGCAUCAAACUCCUCCUAGAAUACGGCGCGACUGUCGAUUGUCUCAGAGGCAUUCAAGAGACCCCACUACACGAUGCCGCUAGAUUAGGUUAUCUAGAAAUUGUACAGUUGCUAGUCGAAAACGAUGCCAAACCCAAUGGACGAUGUAUAGGCCAAAAUCCUGCAAUGCAUGCAGCUAGAGGUGGGCAAACAGAAAUUUUGAGGUAUCUUGUUGAAAAUGGCACCCCACUCACUCAACGCGACGUGGUUGGCGAUACCUUGUUCCAUGCAGCUGGGUUCAGUAAUGCACAUACAUUCUCCUACCUCCUCCAGAUUGGUUGCAAUCCCGAAGUAGAGAACUAUAGGGGUGUAACACCGGUGGGGAUUGCACUGGAACACGCUACGAAUAAUAUGGCCAAGGUAUCCUUGAUCAUGAAUUGGGACCUUGACUACGAACGCUGCAUCCGCCAAGUACCUUUCAAAUGGUAUGGUUAUUCAUGGACUGUUUUAAAAUUACUAUUCAAGCGUCUGGGAUUCGCUAGGACGUCUCAAAUGAUCAAUAUUCCUUUCUCGGAACCAUUCGUGCGGGAGACCUUGCUUACUAAAGCCUCUAAGUAUGGGAAUAUCAAAGAACUGGAUGUAUUGAUCCAAGCAGGAGCUAACCUCGAACUCGAAGGUUGUCCUGAGGGUACUGCGCUGAAUGCUGCGUGCCAUGAAGGACAACUUACAUCCGUCAUAUACUUAAUCCGCGCUGGAGCGAACAUCUUUGGUAGCAAAGAUGGCCUAGAAUUCACCGCCGUACAAUCUGCGCAGGACAACCCAGAAAUACUAGAGUGGUUGCUAGUUAAGCGGCAUACCCAGCAACCCAAACUUUGCUGGGAGACUGGACAGACGGUAGACGGAGAAAUGGCCUCUUGGCAGGGACCAAUGCUGGCGGAGGUCCCAAUCUCUGGGUUAUACUCACCGAAAUUCGGAGCAUCUUCGAUAGAUAGGGCAACGGAGUUGUCUCAAUUGAGGAAAGAUUUGGAAGGGAAAUUGAAAGCCAACUACGCUAUACUACAAGCCGUGCCAGCGGUUGCGGUCCGUGAUCUGCCGCGCGACUGGCAGAAGCGCAUGGGUGCGCACGCACUGCAGUAUUUUGAGGGUGUGGCGAAGACGAGCGAGGCCCUGGGUUUUGUAACAGACGACAUGAUGCAAGAGGCGGUGGCGGAGGGGGUUGAGAAGAACGAGAUUCAGAUCCAGGUCGUUGAUAAGCUGGCCAAGGGGACGUACCAUGAGGUUAUGAUUGAGGAUGGGGUUUUGUAA